AUGGAAACAACUUUUUGUAAUUAUUGUGCAGUGGACAAACCGAAAAAAGCUGAUCCUAAAGCUCAGGCCUUGAAGACAGCCAAGGCUGUGAAGUCAGGUGGCCAAGUGAUUAAGAAGAAAGCAAAGAAGAUCAGAACAACUGUCACAUUUCACCGGCCAAAGACUCUGUCGAAGGACAGAAACCCGAAGUAUCCUCGCAUUAGUGCAACACCAAGAAACAAGUUGGACCACUAUCAAAUACUUAAAUUUCCUCUAACUACCGAGUCUGCAAUGAAGAAGAUUGAAGAUAACAAUACCCUUGUUUUUAUUGUCGACCUCCGUGCUGACAAGAAGAAAAUUAAAGAUGCUGUGAAGAAAAUGUAUGACAUUCAGGCCAAGAAAGUGAACACUUUGAUCAGGCCUGAUGGUACGAAGAAAGCCUAUGUUCGGUUGACUCCAGAUUAUGAUGCAUUGGAUGUUGCUAACAAAAUCGGUAUCAUUUAA